AUUACCGGUAUAUACCAUUGGCACCAGAGAAUUAAUGUAAGAUCAUAAAAUGGAAUCAAUGGAUCUAGAAUUUCCUAUACAUGGACUUGUGCCUAAGAGGGAGACAGGAGCUUUGUCCUUCUUGAAUAAACACCCUUGCUAUGAUGGAAGAGGAGUGACAAUUGCUAUUCUGGAUUCUGGUGUUGAUCCAGGCGCUCCUGGAUUACAGAAAACGUCUCAUGGUCUCCCUAAAAUAAUCGACAUCAUUGACACAACUGGUAGUGGGGAUGUUGAAACAAGUCAUGUUGCUGUACCCGAUGCAAAUGGCUUUAUUUCUGGAUUAACUGGGAGAAAAUUGAAGAUUCCUUCAGCUUGGAAAAAUCCAACAGGAAAGUUUCAGAUUGGUAUGAAGAAUUUCAACAUUCUUUUCCCUAAAGCACUAAGAGACCGUCUUGCAAAAGAAACAAAGGAGGCAACAUGGGAUUGUCAUCAUAAAAUUAAAACUGCUCUAGCUGUAGGAAAAUUAGAGGCGUUCAACAGUUCUCAUUCUUCAAGUACUUUAUCAUCUACUGAAAGAUUGGAGCGUGAUGAUUUAACUACUCAAGUUGAAUUACUGAAUAAGUUUGAUAAAAAUUGGUCUGAUGCAGGACCGACUGUCGAUUGUGUUGUAUUCCAUGAUGGAGCUACCUGGAGAGCUUGUGUGGACACAAGUUUGUGUGGGAAUCUUGAAUCGUGUACACUGCUUACGAGUUACAGAGAAAAUCAGAAAUAUGCUACAGUCAGUCGAAGCGCUAUGUUCAACUAUUCCAUCAAUAUUUAUGAGAAUGGAACGAUGCUCAGUAUUGUUGCAAACGCUGGUUCACAUGGCACUCAUGUAGCAGCAAUUGCAGCAGGAUAUUUUCCCGAAGAACCCGAAAGAAAUGGUGUUGCCCCCGGUGCACAAAUUGUAGCAAUUAAAAUAGGUGAUUCCAGACUUGCAACAAUGGAAACAGGGACAGGUCUUAUAAGAGCAAUGUCAGAGGUUAUUAAGCACAAAUGUGAUUUGGCCAAUUUGAGUUAUGGGGAAGCAAGCCAUUGGCCUAACUCAGGGAAAAUAGUUUCUGCAAUUGAUGAAGCUGUUAAUAAGCAUGGUUUAAUAUUUGUAUCGAGUGCUGGUAACAAUGGUCCUUGUAUAUCGACUGUCGGAAGUCCAGGUGGAACAACAGAGAGUGUUAUUGGCGUUGGUGCCUGGGUAUCUCCUGAAAUGAUGGUUGCUGAAUAUUCCAUGUCAGAGAAAUUGCCUGCCAAUCAAUAUACCUGGUCAUCAAGAGGGCCAUGUGUUAAUGGGUCACUCGGAGUCUGCAUAUCGGCACCUGGUGGCGCAAUCACUGCUGUUCCAAACUGGACAUUACAUGGUACUCAACAUAUGAAUGGUACAUCUAUGUCUUCACCUAAUUCAUGUGGAACAAUCGCUUUGCUCUUAUCAGGUUUGAAAGCACAAGAAAUUAAAUAUACUCCUUGGAGUAUUAGGCGAGCACUUGAAAAUACAGCACUGAAACAAGAUAACAUUGAAAUAUUUGCUCAAGGACAUGGAUUAAUACAAGCUAAUGAAGCAUUCCAUCAUCUAACAACACACACCGAUUAUUCAGACAACAAAAUCAAUUUUACUGUUUCAUCAUUCAACGCAAGAAAAGGUUAUUACAUUCGAGGUGUGAAACAAGUAUCUCAUCCUCAUUCAUUCACUGUCACCGUUGAACCAAAGUUUGACCAAAGUGCAGACACUGAUGAAAAAAUUAGCUACAGCUGUCAUAUGGCUGUAUGUAGCACAAUGUCAUGGGUUUCAGCUCCAUCUCAUUUUGAAUGUAUGAAUAUGGCAAGAUCUUUCACUGUAAAGGUCGAUCCUAGGGGUUUGCCUCCUGGAGUCCACUAUGCAGAGAUUCAGGGUUUUGAUAUCAAAUCACCACAACGAGGACCUUUAUUUAGAUUUCCUGUGACUGUCAUGGUACCUGAAAUGAUUCCGAAAGAAAAUGACUAUAAAGUCAUAGUGUCACCAUGUGAAUUUAGACCUGGUCAAAUUUACAGAAGAUUUGUUCAUGUUCCAGAAAAUGCAAACAGAGCAGAAAUAACUAUUCGGAGUCACACAUCGGAUCAAAACUGCAGGUUCAUUUUCCACUGCGUGCAAUUCUUACCUCAGUUAUCUUUUCGUGCCUACGAGUUUGAGAAGUUCUUUACAAUUUACGAAUGUGGCAGCACACAGUUGUCUUUUCCAGUUCACCCAGGAACAACUGCUGAGUUAUGCCUUGCUAGAUGGUGGUCAAGUUUAGGAAAAGUAAAUGUGUCAUAUGAAAUUGAGUUUCACGGAAUACAGCUAUCACCUUCAAAUGAAAUUUCUAUGCAAGCAUUCGAUGGUAUUCAAAGAAUAGAAGCCCGUACUAUGAAAAGGGUUGAAAUUCUUCCGUCUGUGUCUUUAAAACACUCUGUCCAGUCUGUUCGACCGAGUAACCACCAAAUCAGGCCACUCGGUAGUCGUGAUGUGUUUCCCGGAGAUCGACCUAUGUAUGAGAUGAUUAACACAUACAAUUACGUUGCGUACAAGGCUGCUGAUGUGACUCCAUAUUGUCCACUUCUGUCUGAUGUGUUAUAUGAGAGUGAGUACUGUGGCCAGCUGUGGAUGUUGUUCAGCAGUACUAAACAAUAUAUGGGAUCUGGUGAUGCUUAUCCCAAUCAGUACACGACCAAACUAGAAAAAGGUUCAUAUGUUUUGCGAUUUCAAAUCUCUCACGAAUCAAAAGAAGUUCUUGAAAAAUUGAAGGAUGUUCCGUUCUGUUUUAAACAAAAACUGGCAUCACCUAUCAGUGUAGAUGUUCAUACCAGACACAAGGAGGCUCUCAUUGGAGGAGCAAAAACAGCUUGCAGUUUAUUUUACCCAGAAGAAACAAGAGCUUAUUAUCUUGCCCCUAUUUUAGAUGACAAAUUACCAAAACAUCUUGGACCAGGACAUUUCCUAGUUGGCACUAUGAAUUUUGCAAAAUCCGAUCUUGCAAAGAAAGGGGAAAGUUUCAAAGUGAAAUAUAUCCUGGGAGAUUCACCCAAUAAGCAAAAGGCUGUUAAAAAAGCUGUUGUGGGUGCAAAUGGCACUCAAGAAAAGACAAAGGAAGAAAAAAUAAAAGAAGAAGAACGGGACAUGAAGAUAUUAUGGAUAACAAAGCAUGAACACCUGCAAAUUUUUGAUGAAUUAGUCGAACAAUGGAGUGAUCAUGUUCCUUUGUAUAUUGCUAAACUCCAAACAUUAGAUUGUGCAAAGGAUCGAUUGACCAAACUGGAUGAAAUAAUAUCAGCAUGUGACGAUGUGAUAUCAAAAAUUAAUGUCAAAUCUUUAACGGCUAACCUUGGUUUGAAGUUUGAUCCUAGACCAGAAGCAGCAACAAUACAAGCGGAGACAGAAAAACAGAAGUCAUGGUUGGUCACUGCAUUACUGAGAAAAGGUAGUGCAAUUGCUGAUAAAAUAUUAGAAAGGAAGAAAGAAUUAUUUCACCGACAGGAGCAACAACGUGAAGAACAACAACGACAGCAGCAACAACAGACCACUCCUCCUUCAUCGGAUUGUCAUGUCUCUUUGCCACCACCUAGUGGUGAACCUAGUCCCAACCCAACUGCUGCUGUCACCGAGCAAUCCACUGAUUCUACUACUAGACAUGUGGUACCAUGGCCCCAGUCUGAAGGCGGCGACUUGCAAGUUCAACCAAAUCAAACCAAUUCAGCUAAUUCCCUUGCUGUUCCAUCUCCUCCACUUAGUGAUUUCGCAAUGAAGACAGAUAUCAGUAAUUUGCAAGGAACUUAUCAACAACUACAAAUGUUUGUCGACACAUGGGAUACCAAAGUUGGGAUUCCACUGCAGAUGUUGAAUUUCAUGAUCAAGCUCGGGCUUUCUACAGAAUGUUAUGGUAUUGCUUUGAAAGCUGCAUUGAGAGUUCAAGAUGAAAAACCAACAAAAGAAAAUGAGAUUUCUUGCAGCGAGAUUUGCAAAGAAUUGAACUGGAGUCACAUAUCUCAGCAUUUGAUCAACUGGGUUCCAGUGAAAUUUCCACCAGCAUACAUGCCUUUUUGAGCGAUGCUAAUCAGCACUAACUAUUCAGAAUUUUAGAAAAUUUACUCCAGUAAUUUUAGCAUUUCAUCAAAUAUUUGUAUUAUCAAUAGUUGGUUAUAAGUAAUUAUUGGCAUCAAUUUUGCGUCAUAUAAUUUUGUCCUUCAAAACUGUGAUUCUUCUCUGAUGAUGUAUCCAAAUGAGGUUCAAAUUUGCUAUUCAUUUCUGGCACACCUUGUCCAAUGUGUUUGUUAAUAAAGCAAUCACACAAUGUUAGAAUUUUAGUUGCACUUGUUAAUUAGAAGUUGAUGGCCUGGCGAAAUGUGUUUUAAAUUGUACAUGAACGUAAUUAAACUUGAAUCUUUGCAAAUGGCCAUACUCCUGGAAUAUAACUGGAUGAUUUGUGAACCAAACAUACCCAGAAGCUACAGAUCAAAAUUCUGCACUUGUUUACUCGUAACUCUUCGAUCGCAAAUUGUCCAGUUUGUAAGGUUGAAAGUUAGCAAAACAAAAAAUUGGAUGUUUCCUUCUACCAAUGAUUUUUAUUACAUAUAUAUGAUUAUUCUUUAUAGAAUAACUUCAUAUUGAAGAAAUGGGGUGUUUGCUAUUAUUAUUCACCUGAUUAGAUUUUUAAAUUGAUUAUCAUUUUUUGGGAUUCCAAAAAUGCUCCAGAUAGCUCUAUUGUUUAAUUUACAAUGUUAUAAUGCUGGGUCAGUAGGCAAUUUAUAACCACAAUAUCUUUUACUUUUUUAAUUCUCCCAUAAUAAAUAUUCUAACAACACAAA